UGCGUUGCAUUGAUUACUUGCUCUUAUUUGCACAGGAGUAUAGUAUAACCUGUUUAUAUUCCGCUUAUACCAAUAGGCCUACUUUAGGACGUACGUGUAAGCAUAAACAAGGCCGUGUAAUAUGGAAACUACACUUUACACCAUAGAGGCAAAGACUGCCAGUGAGUUCAGAGUUGGUAAAACUGACGCAACAGUCUCGAUAAAACUUAUCGGCGAGAAAGGACACCGAAGUACUGGGUGGUUGAUUCUGGAUAAUUUCUGGCGUAAUGACUUUGAAUUUGGUCGAACGGAUACAUUUAAUGUCAAAGCUGUGGACAUUGGUUUACCCAGCGUUAUCAGACUCAAGUUGGACAAAGUCGCAGAUCCUUACGGCUGGCAUUGUGAAAUGGUUAUAGUAUCUCAAGGGCGAGUAAAACGAACGUUCUACGUUUACGAUUGGGUUCAUGAUGUAAUGGAUGUCGGCUACGGUAGAGCUCGACUACCUCAAUAUGAGUUGGAUGAUCACGUGAUCGCGAUAAGGCAGACGGAAGUGGAGCGAAACCGUGCCGAGUUUCGUUGGAACAUUCGGCCAACAAGUGAUGACGCAGGGUGGAGACUUCCCAGGUUUGCAGACGCGGAUGAAUAUGAGGAGCUACCACGUCAGUUCCGGAUUAGUGAUGAACAAAUAAACAACUUUUUCGGCCAGCGACAAAUUGCGUUGCUUAAUAGCCUCAUGGAAUAUGCAUCAGGAAUGCUACAGAAGAGGAAAUUGACCGAUUUUGAUGAUUACAAAGAUUGUUUCUUUCAUCCAAGCUUGCCGAAUGACAUUCCACCGUUUUGCGACAAGUGGUCAACAGACGAAGAAUUGGCACGACAAAUUUUAAAUGGAGUGAACCCGACUUCUUUGGAAAAGUGCACCGAGUUACCGACUGGUUUUGUUCCAACCAAAUUUGAAUGUGGUGACGAAAUACAAGAUCAAAUACAAAAAGGAAGAGUGUUUAUUGUCAACUAUGCCAAAUUCACCACGGAAGGGCGCCGUAACCGCACGAAGAAAGGGGACCGACUUUAUGCCGGAGACCCAAUCAUGAUUCUGUUGGUUGGAAACGAUUCGAAGCUCCGCCCUGUAGCUAUUCAAUUGGAAGAGGACGGUCACGUGUUUACACCACGUGACUCGUAUUAUGAUUGGCUCUUAGCGAAACUCUACUUCCGGUGCUGUGACGUUAACGUGCAUGAGUGGAAAUAUCACUUCCUACGAACGCACGCUUCUAUGGAGCCUUUUGCUGUGGCAGUUUUCCGUUCCUUCUCACGACGUCACCCAUUGUACAAGUUGUUGCGUCCCCAUGUACACACCGUCCCUGCAAUUAACACAAUCGCUAGGAAGAAUCUGCUUGGACCAACGGCAGCUACCAACUGUUUCCUUUCUCUAAAUGGACUAGACAUGGCUCGAAAAGCAUUCCAAGAUCUUCGCUUUAAGAACCUGCACAUUUUGAGCGUGUUUGAGCAGCAAGGUACAGAUGAUAAGGAAGUUCUGUCUGAAUAUUUCUACAGAGAUGAUGCGCUUCUACUGUGGAAGGCAAUACAAAACUACGUCACGUCCGUUAUUUCAAUUUUUUAUUCAGAAGACCAAGAUGUGGCCAAUGAUUGGGAGCUUGAUAGUUUUGUUCGCAUGGUGGCAACAGAGGGUUUCGGAUACGACGGGUGCGACAGGGGAUUCCCUCUGAAACUAGAAUCGAUUGAUAAAUUGGUAGAUUACAUGACGUUGAUCGUGUUUAAUUGUUCGGUACAACAUGCAGCGAGCAACUUUGGUCAAUUCGAGAUUUACAAGUUUAUUCCAAACGCACCGGGUGGAAUGAGACUUCCACCGCAUAAGAAAGGCGAGGGCUCGAUGCAACGGAUUAUGGACAGUCUCCCGGACAACGUUAUGGCAAGCUUACAACUUGGCACAGCGUUCCUGCUAUCGACCUAUGCUCCGAAUGAAGUAUACUUGGGUCAAUUCCCAAUGAAUCUGUUCGACGACGCGAGGGUCGAUCAAGCCCAAGCCCAGUUCAGAGGAGAAUUGAAAACAAUCUCAAACCUGAUUCAUUCAAGAAACAAAGAUCUUAAGUUUCCUUACGAGUAUCUUCUGCCCGAGAAAAUUCCAAUCAGUAUCGCUGUGUGAUUGACAGAUUUAAAAACAUGUCAUCUUAACCGCAGUCUAUAUAUAAACUGAACUAUGAAGGCCAGAUAUAAAUGUUCUAAAUCUAAGCAACCUUAUAAUCGUGUGAGAGAUGAUGGGAAACCUUUUCAUUCUAUUUACCAGCCAUAUUUGGCAGUGUAUCCUCACGACUUCCAUAGACCGUUGUUAGUUGUUUAAAACGCGAUCUGGAUAUUUGUAUAUUAUGUGCUAAAGGUGUCCCAUCUUCCCCCAACCCACUACAGUAGUUUUUCGUUAAACAUUUUUAGGUAGAACAGUUUGUAUGUAUAUAAAAACAUUAUAAAAACUUUUUUUUGUAAAUUUGCAUUAAACAUUUAGCUCAUCUCGUUUACUGACAACAAGAGCAUGUACGAUGUAUGAAUGUAUUUCACGCAGUUAUCGUUUGUAAUAAAGAAGUCCAUUGUA